UACAUAUUACAAAAUUAAAGAAAGAUAUCGUAGCAACGGAGGUCCCUCCUCAUAGAUUUCGUGACUUACCCAUGCUCUUGGCAUUCAGGCCGCCUUGAAUAAGCUUUGUUGCUAAGCGCAUGGUUUUCACGCCUCCUAGCAGAAGAAACACCCCUGACAAGCAGGUGGCAUAGGAGCGUAGCUGAAAUUGAACCAGGUGAGGACUACGACUGAGCACAUUUGCCAGCGGCAUCAUGCCAAACACCUGGGCCAGGCACAGAUCUGAAAGAAGAACCGAGUGAGUUCUUGAAGUUCUUUCAAGUCGCAAAAUAUGCCCACAUGGCCGUAUGGCCCGAUGGAAUGUGUCCAGCUGCUCCAAGUCCGCAGCAUUGCCAGCGCAGCGCCACUUUUUCUCAAUUGCGGCGCGUUGCUGUCGCCGCUUCGCCUUCAACAGCCUCAAAAUGUUUCGAUCCCAUUCGAACGGAUGUUUAAGCACAGAGUGCCGCAUGCUGACUAAGUGCCUAAUCAAGCGCCAUAAAAAUGCACAGGUGUUUUUCUCAUUAGCUCCUAAUUAUUGUUUACAACAACCAACUCCCACGCAGCGCGUGUUAACUGCGCUUUUAAACUGCAAUUUCCCCUGGCCAGAGUGACCAGCAAUUCUAAAAAUACAUUUCCCGGUUGAGGCCCGCAUAGACGCAGGCGCUCCGGGUCAGUGCUCAAAUGGCCAGCGACAUGGACGGACAGGCCACUUGGAAAUUACGCCCGAAAACCAUGGCUAAAGGCACCCAGAAUAAAAAUUUAGACGAGGGCAAUUUCGACUUUGGUAUCAUAAAGAGUGAGACAAGCACGGACUAUGCUCAAUUGGAUUUAUUUCAUCGAGCAGCUUCUCCCAUCAUGCUACUGGCUCAGUGCUUUGCCAUAAUGCCACUGACUGGCAUCAGGCGGGCAAGUCCGCGGCACGUGCAUUUCCGCUUCAAAUCGGUGCCGAUGAUUGUGACGGUGAUAUUCAUGAUGGCCAGCUCGGUGCUAACGCUAAGUAUGCUGAAGUUUCUGCUCAACAUAGGCGUUACAGCAAAGAAUUUCGUGGGUCAGGUGUUCUUCACCUGUGUGCAGUGCGCCUGCAUUCUAUUCAUCGACUUGGCGCGCCGAUGGCCGCCUCUGAUUCGCUACUGGACGCGCCUGGAGCUAAUCUUCACCAAGCCCCCCUACGAGGUGCUCAAGAGGAGCCUGUCACAGCGCGUGCGACAACCUGCAUUUAUUCUAAUAGCCCUGUCGCUGGUGGAGCAUGGUUUGUAUCUCUCCUCUGCCAUUGUCAGCUAUAAGCAGCGCGUCUACUACUGUACUGAAAAUCACAAUGCAACCAUGGGUGUAUCAUUUGAUGAUUACAUCAAAUUGAACUAUGACUAUGUGUUUAUACUACUGCCCUACACUAGAUUUUUCGGCAUCUAUGUUUUGGUGGUGAAUGGCACCUGCACUUUCAUAUGGAACUACAUGGAUCUAUUCAUCAUGAUGAUCAGCAGGGGCUUGGCCUAUCGCUUCGAGCAGAUUUCGAAGCGCAUUUGCCGACUGGAGCAUGAGGAUCGUGUGCCAGAGACGACAUUCAUGGAGAUCCGCGAGCACUACGUGCGCAUGUGUGAGCUCCUGGAGCGCGUGGACGAUGCUCUGUCCAGCAUCAUUUUGUUGUCCUGCGCAAACAAUUUGUACUUUGUGUGCUGUCAGCUGCUCAACAUAUUCAAUAAGUUACGCUGGCCCAUCAACUAUAUCUACUUCUGGUACUCUAUGCUCUACCUGGUGGGUCGCACGGCCUGCGUGUUCCUCACGGCAGCCACCAUCAACGACGAGUCGAAGAGUGCGCUGAGCGUGCUGCGUCGCGUCUCCAGCAAGAAUUGGUGCGUGGAGGUCGAGCGGCUCAUAUUCCAGAUGUCCACGCAAACCGUUGCCUUGUCCGGCAAGAAAUUCUAUUUCCUAACCCGCAGGCUGCUCUUUGGGAUGGCUGGCACUAUAGUUACCUACGAGCUGGUGUUGCUGCAAUUCGACGAGCCCAACCGCCGCAAGGGCUUGCUGCCCCUGUGCGCUUAUGCUCUGCUGCCCGUGAGUAAUAUACGCUCCGUCGAUGUAAACAAGAUUCGAUUCAACUGGCGGAGUCCACGCGUAAUUUACUCGGCCACCAUUUUCCUACUCAACCUGUGCGAAUUCGGUGCCGUCUUGAAUUAUGUCAGCAGCGUCGGCGUCACCUUUCACACGUCCAGCUCGCUGGCGCUCUACAUCGUGUGCCUGCUGGAGCACCUGUUCUUCUGGAGGUUGGCGUUCAACUGGCACAGCAUCAUGCGACACUGGCACCGCGUGGAGCAGCUGUUCCUCAGCGUGCCCUAUCGCUUCUACGGCGAGUACAACAUGAAGCGGCGCAUCAAUAUUGUUGUGGGUCUCGUUAUGUCAUCUGCACUGGUGGAGCACUGCCUGCUGCUGGCCAACUCCUUCCACCUGAGCAAUCUGGAGCGCACGCAAUGCAACAUUAAUGUCAGCUACCUGGAGAGCAUCUACAAGUGGGAACGACCGCAUCUCUACAAAGUACUGCCCUACCACGUCUGGCUGCUGCCUCUGCUUGAGUGGGUCAAUGAGACCAUUGCCUAUCCGCGCUCCUUCACCGACUGUUUCCUCAUGUGCAUUGGCAUCGGGCUGGCUGCGCGCUUCCACCAGCUGCACCGCCGCAUUGCCGCCGUGCACCGCAAGGUGAUGCCUGCCGUAUUCUGGACAGAGGUGCGGCAGCAUUACUUGGCCCUGAAGCGUCUAGUGCGCCUGCUGGACUCGGCUGUAGCUCCUCUCAUACUCUUGGCCUUUGGCAAUAACAUGUCAUUCAUAUGCUUUCAGUUGUUCAAUACUUUCAAAAAUAUCGGUGUGGAUCUCAUUGUCAUGGUAGCCUUCUGGUAUUCGCUAAUCUUUGCUAUUAUCCGCACAACUCUGACCAUAUUUAUCACCUCCUCAAUAAACGAUUUCGAGCAGAAAAUCAUUACCGAUCUUCGUGAUGUGCCCUCAAAGGCGUGGACCCCAGAGGUUCAGCGCUUCAGCGAACAGCUAGGCAACGAUAUGACCGCCUUAUCGGGCAAUGGAUUCUUCUAUGUGACCCGGCAACUCAUUCUGUCUUUUCUUGGCGUGUUUCCCGUGUCCGGUGUCUGGCCCAGCUCGCCCGCUGAGAAUGUACGCUUUCGCUGGUUUUCGGCGUCGCUGGUGCUCAGUGUCGUCAUAUUGGCCUUUGCCAUCAUGGAUCUCGGACUCUCCUCUAAAGUGGUGAUUGAUCAGGGGCUUAAGAUCUACACUAUAGGUUCUCUAAGCUUUAGCGUGAUUUGCAUUGCCUGUUUGUCCAUUUUCCUGUCUCUGUCGCAUCGAUGGCCGUACCUCAUCCGGCGGACUGCGCAGUGCGAGUUGGUCUUCUUGCAGCCCGACUACGAUUGCCAUUUGGGUCGGCAAUUCGGACGCCGCUUGCGCCUCUGGGGCGUGGGCAUGCUGCUGGCCGCCCUCUGCGAGCACUUCACGUACGUGGGUAGCGCCCUGUAUGGCAACUAUCAACAGAUACACGAGUGCAAGCUGGACGUGGACUUCUGGCUGAACUACUUUCAGCGGGAGCGACAGGAGCUCUUUUCGGUGUUUCAGUUCAAUGUGCCGCAGGCGCUCUUCAUUGAGUGGACCACUCUGGCCAUGACCUUCGUGUGGAACUUCGUGGACAUAUUCCUGACCCUGAUCUCUCGCGGCCUGCAGUUCCGCUUCCAGCAGAUGCACUGGCGCAUACGGCGCCACUCCACCCAGCCGAUGCCCAGCGAGUUCUGGGAGCAGCUGCGCUACGAUCUGCUGGACCUUUGCGAUUUGCUAAGGCUGUACGACAAGGAACUCUCUGGCAUGGUGGUUCUCGCCUGUUCCCACAACAUGUACUUCGUCUGUGUGCAGAUCUAUCACAGCUUUAAGGCGAGGGGCAACUUCAUGGAUGAGCUGUACUUUUGGUUCUGCCUGAUUUACGUGAUAGCUCGCGUGUCCAACAUGAUGUUUGCUGCCUCUUCGAUUCCCCAAGAGACUCGGCAGAUAUCGUACACCCUCUUUGAAAUACCAACGGAAUACUGGUGCCUGGAGCUGAGGCGGAUACAGGAGAUCAUAUUGACAAACCGAUUUGCCCUGAGUGGAAAAGGGUAUUUCUUUUUAACCAGACGCCUCAUUUUUUCGAUGGCCGCCACGCUGAUGGUCUACGAGCUGGUGCUAAUCAAUCAAAUGAGUGGCUCCGAGGCAAACAGAUAUUCAAUUGGCCGGGCUGGCAGUAAAGAGAAACCCACCUUUCAGUUGUUGACUUUGACUACUCGGGCACAGAACAUGGCCAGGACUGUGGGUGAUGCGACGAGGCGUCGCAAAAGCUUGAGCCUAAUCAAUUUCUGGCGUGGGGCACGCGUUGACUGCGAGUAAGUGGGAAGCCUAAUAAAGUCAUCUGUGUCGAGAAUUGACUGUAGCUCCAAUUCAAAUAGCGCGCAAUCGAAUGCGGCUUUUAAUCAAAAGCUGAAUUUUCGAGCAAAACGUAGACAAAAUGCCGAAAAAUUCGUUCCACACAAGGUCAAGCGAAUCCUUCAACGCGCUGAUAGAGAAAGCUAUGUGCACAAUGGCUCAUUUCUAGAGGCCAUCAAGCCAGUGUUGAUCAUCGCUCAAAUCUUUGCGCUGAUGCCUGUGAGAGGCAUUUCGUCAAAGUACGCCGAGGACUUGAGCUUUCGCUGGCAGAGCUUUCGGUCCUAUUAUUCCCUAAUUGUGAUUGUAUUGUUUGGCAUUUCGUCUGGGUUUAAUGCGAUGUUUGUGAUACUCGUGAACUUCGACUUUGAUUCGGUGGAAACGCUCAUCUUCUACGCCUCCAUAUUUGCCAUCUCGGUGGCCUUCUUCCAGCUGGCCAUGAAAUGGCCAUCGGUGGUUUUGGAGUGGCAAAUGGUCGAGUCCCAGCUGCCAAUGCUGCGUACAGAGCGCGAACGUGCUGCAUUGGCCUCGCACAUCCGUAUGAUUAUUAUGAUAGCCAUAGGGUGCUCGUUGGUGGAGCACCUGCUGAGCAUGCUGUCCAGCUUGUACUAUGUGAACGCGUGUCCCGUUAUGCCGAAUCAGCCCAUCAACAGCUACUUGCUCAUCAACUUUUCCAUGUUUUUCCACUUCGUCGACUACACUCCGCUUCUGGGAUUAAUUGGGAAAGUGAUCAAUGUGCUGGCCACUUUUGCCUGGAGCUUCAACGAUAUUUUCGUGAUGGCCGUCAGCGUUUCUCUAGCGGCACGAUUCCGGCAGCUAAACGAUCAUAUGCUCCGUGAAGCUCGAUUGCCGACUAGUGUUGAGUUCUGGAUACAAAAUCGGAUUAGCUUUCGCAAUCUCUGCAAGCUGUGCACCGUCGUGGAUGAUGCCAUAUCAGCUAUAACGCUGCUCUGCUUUAGCAACAAUCUGUAUUUUAUAUGCGGCAAAAUUUUAAAGAGCCUGCAGAAGAAACCUUCUGCAUCGCACACAGCAUAUUUCUGGUUCUCGCUGAGCUACUUGCUGAGUCGCACUCUGAUACUCUCGCUUUAUAGCGCCAGUGUCAAUGAUGAGUCCAAGCGACCUUUGGCCAUCUUUCAACUGGUGCCAAGGCCCUACUGGUGCACUGAGCUAAAGCGCUUCUCGGAGGAGGUUCACAUGGACCAGGUGGCCCUAACGGGCCUGAAGCUCUUUCGACUGACCCGAGGCGUUGUCAUAGCGGUGGCUGGCACGAUUGUGACCUACGAGCUGAUAUUGCUGCAAUUCAACAAGGAGGACAAAGUUAAUGACUGCUAUGAGCACUGAGCUCGGGCGAGCUACACCCAAUUUGUACUUUAUUUGUAUAUGUCACGAUAAACUAUCAAUUAUAGAUUAGUGCAAAACAACAGGUG